AUGUCCAAUUUGCAGAAGAUAAAUGACAUCGAGGCAGAGAUCGCGCGGACGCAGAAGAACAAAGCGACGAUGGCGCAUCUUUGCCAACUGAAGGCCCGUCUUGCACAGCUGAAGCGCGAACUCAUCGCCUCUGAGUCAAAGAAAGGAGGCGCAAAGGGUGAAGGUUUUGAUGUGCAGAAGACUGGAGACGCCCGCAUCGGUUUCAUCGGGUUCCCUUCCGUGGGGAAGUCUACUCUUCUCACUAAACUCACAUCCACACAUUCCGAAGUGGCAGCGUACGAGUUCACUACGCUCACUUGUGUGCCCGGUGUUGUGAGCUAUCGCGGUGCGAAGCUUCAAAUGCUUGAUUUACCAGGAAUUAUUGAGGGUGCUAAGGAUGGUAAAGGUCGAGGUCGACAAGUUAUUGCUGUUGCACGUACCUGCUCCCUUAUUCUUAUUGUGCUUGACAUCGCGAAACCGCUUCAGCACAAACUUAUCAUUGAGCGUGAGCUUGAUGGAUUCGGCAUCCGCCUGAACAAGAAACCACCCAACAUCGAUAUCCGGAAGAAGGACCGUGGUGGUAUUAGUAUCUCUUCUACAUGUCCAUUAACCCACCUUGACAAUGAAACCAUUAAAACGAUACUUGGUGAGUAUCGCAUGAGUAACGCGGACGUUAUGUUGCGCGGGGAUUAUACGGCAGAUGAAUUAAUUGACGCGAUUGAGGGAAACCGUAUUUAUAUUCCUUGUAUUUAUGUUCUUAACAAAAUCGAUCAGAUCAGUAUAGAGGAGCUUGAUAUUGUCUCCCGCAUCCCACACAACUGCCCCAUCAGUGCACACCACUCGUGGAACAUCGAUGGACUUUUGGAGUGUAUAUGGGACCACCUGAACUUCAUUCGUCUCUACACGAAACCGCGUGGGCAGGUGCCCGACUACGACGAGCCGGUUAUCCUCAAAAAGGCGCCACAACCCACGGUGGAGCGGUUUUGCCUGCGGUUGCAUCGCCAGAUGAUGAAGAGUUUCAAGCACGCGUGGGUUUGGGGAGCCAGCGUGAAGCAUCAACCGCAACGCGUAGGGAAGGACCAUCUUCUUGAGGAUGAGGAUGUGGUGCAGGUUGUGAAGAAGGUUUAG